AUGUCCGGUACCAAAUUGGAGGACUCCCCCCCUUGUCGCAACUGGUCAUCUGCUUCGGAGCUGAAUGAAACUCAAGAGCCCUUUUUAAACCCCACCGACUAUGACGACGAGGAAUUCCUGCGGUACCUGUGGAGGGAAUACCUACACCCAAAAGAAUAUGAGUGGGUCCUGAUCGCUGGGUACAUCAUCGUGUUCGUGGUGGCUCUUAUUGGGAAUGUCCUGGUUUGUGUGGCAGUGUGGAAGAACCACCACAUGAGGACGGUAACCAACUACUUCAUAGUCAACCUUUCUCUGGCUGAUGUGCUCGUGACCAUUACCUGCCUUCCAGCCACAUUGGUGGUAGACAUCACUGAGACCUGGUUCUUUGGACAGUCCCUCUGUAAAGUUAUUCCAUAUUUACAGACCGUAUCAGUGUCAGUUUCUGUCCUCACACUGAGCUGCAUUGCCUUGGAUCGAUGGUAUGCAAUCUGUCACCCUUUGAUGUUUAAGAGCACAGCCAAGAGGGCCAGGAAUAGCAUUGUCAUCAUCUGGAUUGUCUCCUGCAUUAUAAUGAUUCCUCAGGCCAUCGUCAUGGAGUGCAGCACCAUGCUCCCCGGCUUAGCCAAUAAAACCACUCUCUUUACAGUGUGUGAUGAGCGCUGGGGCGGUGAAAUUUACCCCAAGAUGUAUCACAUUUGUUUCUUUCUGGUGACAUACAUGGCACCACUGUGUCUUAUGGUGUUGGCCUAUCUGCAAAUAUUUCGUAAACUCUGGUGUCGCCAGAUCCCUGGAACAUCAUCUGUAGUUCAGAGAAAAUGGAAGCCCCUGCAGCCUGCUUCACAGCCUCGAGGGCCAGGACCGCAGACCAAGUCCAGGAUUAGUGCUGUGGCCGCUGAAAUAAAGCAGAUCCGAGCCAGACGGAAAACAGCCCGGAUGCUAAUGGUUGUGCUUUUGGUGUUUGCAAUUUGCUAUCUACCAAUUAGCAUCCUCAACGUGCUCAAGAGAGUAUUUGGGAUGUUUACACACACAGAAGACAGAGAGACUGUAUACGCCUGGUUUACAUUUUCACACUGGCUUGUAUAUGCCAAUAGUGCCGCGAACCCAAUUAUUUAUAAUUUUCUCAGUGGAAAGUUUCGAGAGGAAUUUAAAGCUGCAUUUUCUUGCUGUUGCCUUGGAGUUCACCAUCGCCAGGAGGACCGGCUUACCCGGGGCCGAACGAGCACAGAGAGCCGGAAGUCUCUGACCACCCAGAUCAGCAACUUCGACAACAUAUCAAAACUCUCAGAGCAAGUUGUGCUCACCAGCAUAAGCACACUCCCAGCAGCCAAUGGAGCAGGGCCACUUCAAAGCUGGUAG